UCACUCCCCUACUUUCGACUGUUACCAUGUUCCCAAUACUAGUAUGGGUGUGGUAAUCGCCGGGUGAAUUGACUAAAUUUCGCAAGUUUGACGCGGCGGUGUCCUAAUUUUAGGAUAAUAUCGGAUAUAGGACAUACUUUGCAUUUCAGAAUCUGCUUCACUUAGGAAAUAUGAAUGGUGUCUAAAGGUGGAUUCAUCUUCAACGUUACUUUAAAUUGCCUUUCUCAGCACGUGUCAGCAGCAGUGGGCUGUGGAGUGAAGACCCCAGCAGAGGACCAUGAGCGAGCUGGAGCAGUUGCGCCAAGAGGCGGAGCAGCUUCGGAAUCAGAUCCGAGAUGCCAGGAAAGCCUGUAGUGACUCCAGUCUGUCCCAGAUCACGGCCGGUCUGGAUUCAGUGGGGCGGAUCCAGAUGAGGACCCGGCGGACCCUCCGCGGCCACCUUGCCAAAAUCUACGCCAUGCACUGGGCCACUGAUUCCAGGCUCCUUGUCAGUGCUUCCCAAGAUGGCAAACUGAUCAUUUGGGACAGCUACACCACAAACAAGAUGCAUGCCAUCCCCCUGCGCUCCUCCUGGGUGAUGACCUGUGCCUACGCUCCCUCUGGCAACUACGUGGCCUGCGGAGGCCUGGACAACAUCUGCUCCAUCUACAGCCUGAAGACCCGCGAGGGCAACGUCCGUGUCACCCGCGAGCUGCCUGGCCACACAGGUUACUUGUCCUGUUGUCGCUUCCUGGAUGACAGCCAGAUCCUCACCAGUUCAGGAGACACCACAUGUGCAUUAUGGGACAUCGAGACAGGCCAGCAGGCCACCAGCUUCACCGGCCACAGCGGCGACGUCAUGAGCCUGUCUCUCAGCCCAGACACACGCACCUUCGUGUCCGGGGCCUGCGACGCCUCCGCCAAGCUGUGGGACAUCCGCGACGGCAUGUGCAGACAGUCCUUCAUCGGACACGUGUCCGACAUCAACGCUGUCUGUUUCUUCCCCAACGGGAACGCCUUCACCACGGGCUCGGACGACGCCACCUGCAGGCUGUUUGACCUGCGCGCCGACCAGGAGCUCAUGAUGUACUCCCAUGACAACAUCAUCUGCGGCAUCACCUCCGUGGCCUUCUCCAAGAGCGGCCGCCUGCUGCUGGCCGGAUACGACGACUUCAACUGCAACGUGUGGGACACACUGAAGGGAGAGCGCAUAGGUGUCCUGGCUGGUCAUGACAACAGGGUCAGCUGCUUAGGGGUGACAGACGACGGCAUGGCUGUGGCCACGGGCUCAUGGGAUAGCUUCCUGCGGAUAUGGAACUGAUCUCCAGGGGGGCGGGCCCGCGGAGCAAAAGAGCAGGUCGGUCCGGUCCACAACGCGACCGCAGCACACAAGCCGCCGCCCCAGAGAAGCCAGCCUGCCCCUCCCCUCCCCUCCCCUCCCUACCACACCCAGCCCAACCCUAAACCCAUAAAAACACCACAUCCAUAGACCCCCCCCCCCCCCCCCACCACUCUACCCCUGCCACCCCACAUUACCCCCCCCACUCCAUCCCAGGUGACCUGGUCCUCUACCGUCCCUGCUCUCCAAUCCACCCCUCUUGAACGCCCUGACCCCCACCCUGACCCCUACCCACUCUGUCCAGUCUCACUAGAACCAGGCUUUCCACACAUCCUAACUGUCUGUCCUAAAGAGACUAGAAGUUUCCCUCCUGAGGGGUCUCUGGGGGCUCGCCUCCCUCUGAGGGGCCCCUCCACCACCCACCCUGGGAGCCGAGAGGAUAUGAUCCACAUUUGUACAUAUACUUUGGCAUUACGUGUGCUCGUGCGCAUAUAACAUAUGCACCUCUGACGUGUAUGAAUGCUUUCUGUGUGUGAAGUCGUCAUAGUACGUUCCUGUUUGUCGUCCUGCUUGGAUUUUUGUUUUGUCCCCCCCCCCCCCCCCUUUUCCCUUUAUUUCCUUUUUCUUCGUCUAAUAUGUUUACGCGUAUUUGCAUUCACACGUGAACCGUUGAUGCCGUUGGGAGUGCUCAUGAGGGUCUGUCUGUGUGGCCGAGGAGGACGACGGCCCUGGCACUCGUUCUGACCUGCACUCGACAUGUAUGGUCACUCAACACCCACUUUUCACAUUCGAUCCUACGGUUCACCUCGUUGGAUGUACUGAGGAAUGAAUGAACGAGUGAGUGAGUGAAUGGAAUUGAGCACCUGCACCCACGUUAGUUGCACUGUUGUAGAAUGGGCUCUGUGCUGCUUCCUUGUUCUUCAUACCCAUACAAAACAUGCCUGUAAAUCACAAUGAGCUGUGGUGCUAGUAUCAACAAACGAAAUUUGACCGUCGGUUUUUAGUUUACCUCUCGUCCGCUUCACAUGUCCACUCGAGGCCUGUAUCUGACGCCCCGAGCGUGUUAGCUAGUCACGUGUCUGUUCAGCACACACUACUCACAGCCUUGUACCUUUGUCGUGUGAAGUGCUCUUCAAUGCUGGUACUGAUAGCAAAUCUCCCGCAGUGGACACUCAGACUGCAGUCUUAACAAGAGGCCUUUCUUUGUCAUUACUGUGUGAUCACUUUACUCUUGAGUUCAAGCCCCCCGCCUUCCUUUUUUGGUGCCAAUAUUAGCUUGGAAAAUUCACCUAUACUCAGCACACAGUAGCCAGUAAACGAAAAUUGUGCCCACGCCUUCUCAUACUCGGUUUGUUUUGUAUGCUCAGGACCUCAGACCAGUGUUUACGGUUUAAGGUUGUAUCAAGUGCACCCUCGAAUGACAAGUAUAUUUACAUGGGAAAGUGAACUCCAACAGCUAGCCUUACUGCCAUAGCUCACUCUAAUGGAUGGGAUAGCCUGAUUACUUUUUUUUCGUGCCAGUUUGGAAGUUGAUGGAAUGAAAGCUGUGGUGGCACCAUAAGUCGUGUCCUAAAUGAGCACCGAGGUCAGUUUGCUCAUAGCCGUAUUUGAGUUUGCACUGUGUUGGCGCAUACAUGAGAACUCAGAAGACUGGUCACUGUCUAGCCUGUAUUUCAGGGCCAGCCUGAUGGAAAAACGAAGAGUGUCCAGUCCACACUUAAAACCGACAGGCUUUGCCCUUAAAUAUUUUAAUCAAGAGUAUUUCUCACUGAGGUGCAGCCAUGGCCAAAUGGUAUCACACUGUGAAAGAUUUUAAAUAGGUAAUUGCUCUAUGGCCUGUACUUGUGAAGCAGAUGCUUACGUUGAAAGGUAGGAUUUCAAAUAAUGCUUUGAAUGUUUUCUUUUCUGAAAGAAACUAAAUUAAUUUAUAAAUUGACAUGUAAAAUACUAGAUGGCGUCAAGGUGGCAUAGUGUUGAAGGUAGAAUUAAAUAAUAGAAAUAAUUCAAUAAUUCAUCAUUAUGAAUUUACACAAUGAAGAAAGAAAUAUAUAUUUAGUUUACUGUCAACAGCAACUGUCUGCACUAUAAGCAUACUACACAGCCUUCAUAAUUAUGAGUAUUUGGACUGGUCAGUAAAGCGGCAUCAUUAGAAUAAAUGGCUGGCAGGAAUCCACAAGUGUAGGCAACUGCUGUGUGGAAGACUAUCAAAGGGUCAUUUAGAGAAGACAUCAACAUUUUAACAGCUCACUUUUAAGUGUCAAAUCAGUUUUAGGGGCACAUUGUUUUUUUAUGAAUGUCCCCGUCUGAGUGUGUAGAUAGAGAAGAUAAGCACUAGCCAAGAACCCAUAGAAGUCAUGUUGAGAGUGACAAGUGUACAAAAUAAGUGUUUUUUUUCCCGGAGAGAAAGAACUGCUCAGUAGUUUUGGGAAGGAGAGGGGUGUAGUGUGACCAUAAGUGAAGUUCUUAUUUGGCGUGGUGAUGUUUUUGGUGCCAAAGUGUUUCCAGGAGCCCAUGCCGGAGUGCUGAGACGAUUGCCUCAUCGGAAUUCUUAUCAACCACGUGAUAAAAACAAGCCUGCCAGGAAGUGAACUGGCUGGUCUUGCAGAGAGAGAGAGAGAGA